AUGCGGUGGGUGAGGCAGAGUAAGAGCACCCUUUCGGAGAAGGUGUUUCUUGAUUACUUACCUGUGAAGCGGGAAGAAGACCAGGGCCCUCAAGGCCUCCGCCAAGUCUCCCACCUCAAAUCCCCCACCAAUCCCGACGCACGGCUCGCCUUCCUCGCUGGCCUCGGCCUGUCCGGCGCCGACAUCGCCUCCAUCGUCGCCAAGGACCUGCAGUUGCUCUGCGCCAAACUGGAGAGAACCCUGACCCCCAACGUCGCCGGGCUCACCGGCCUCGGCCUCUCGCAUUCUCAGAUCGGGCGCCUCAUCUCCUACUGCCACGGCAAUUUACAUCUGACAUUCAUCGUCUCCAAGCUGCAGUACUACCUGCUCCUCUUCGGUUCCAUUGACAACACCCUUCGAGCUCUCAAGCGCAACUUCUACCUUAUCUCGUCUGACCUCGAGAGGGUGGUCAAGCCCAACGUGGCCGCCCUGCGGGACUCGGGGCUGGGUGAUUGCGACAUUGCCAAGGUGUGCCUCUCUAAUCCACGGUUGCUCACCACCAAUGUAGAAUCCAUCCGGACAACGGUGGCUUGCGCUGAAAGUCUUGGUGUGCCGUGUGGAUCUCGGAUGUUCAGACAGGCGUUGCAGGCUGUCACAUUCCUCAGCGUUCAGAAGAUUGCCGUCAGAGUAGAGUACUUGAAGACCAUUUUAAGGUGGUCGGAUGCUGAGGUGGGCAUUGCUUUGACCAAGUCGCCAGGGGUGCUGAGGCAUUCUAAUGAAAGGCUACGGCGCACCUCAGAGUUCCUCAUCUCCGAGGUGGGGUUGGAACCGGCAUAUAUUGCCCAUCGCCCGGCAUUGCUCACUUAUAGCCUGGAGGGCCGGCUCAGAGCCCGGUACUACCAUGUAAAGUUUCUGAAGGCAAAUCGAUUCCUAGAGCGCGACUUUAGCUACUUUAGUAUAGUGCAGAAGAGCGAGAAGGUAUUCAUGGAGAAGUUCAUAUGCCCUCACAAGGAAGCUGCACCCCACCUCGCUGAUGACUAUGUCGAUGCUUGCAGAGGGCAAGUACCCACUAGACUCAGAUUUGCAUGA